UACGUGGCAUGCGUGCGUGGCGUCGUGCGGCGCGGGCCGGUUUCUCCAGCGUGUAGCGCCCCCAGGCGGCCCCGGGGGCCUCAAUGUGAUAGGCCGCCGUGAGCGCCCGCCAUGGAGCCGCAGAAAGAGGCGCGAACACCCGGGGACCCCAUCGAGCGGCCGCCUGGGGCCUCGAGGUCUCAGACACCUAACGAGGAGAAGCGGCGGGAGCGCGGCGCAGCGGCGGCUGCCCUGGGCGCGGAGGCGGAAGGCUCCAGUGCAGACGGGCUGUGGGAACUGCCGGUGGAGCCGACCGAGCGGAGGCCCGAGUGCAGCCGCUGCAGCCGGCCUCAGAAAGUAUGUUUGUGUCCAUUUCUACCAGUGCAUCCUCUGCACAUCUCUACCCACUUGUACAUAAUUCAGCAUCCAGCAGAGGAAAACAAAGUGUUGCGGACAGUUCCUCUACUAGCAGCAUGCCUCCCCCAGGACAAGUGUAAAGUCAAGAUUGGUCGUCGCUUCAGUGAAGAAAGAGAUCCUGAACUUUCAACUGUUUGUCGGAAGUCUGGUACAUUAAUAUUAUAUCCAGGGGCUGAAGCUGCUAAUUUGGAAGAAUUUAUAUUAGAUUCUCCUAUUUAUCCUUCCACGAUCAUCAUCAUUGAUGGUACAUGGAGCCAGGCUAAGGACAUUUUCUAUAAGAAUUCCUUAUUCCGAUUGCCCACUCAGGUGCAGUUAAAAACUAGCGUUUCUAGUCAGUAUGUAAUUCGGACACAGCCAACUAAUAGGUGCCUUUCUACACUGGAGUGUGCAGCUAUUGCUCUUUCCAUCUUGGAGAAAAAUACUUACAUACAAGAGACUUUGCUUCGCCCUCUUCAAGCUUUAUGCUCUUUCCAGCUUCAGCAUGGUGCUCAGAUUCGCCUCAGCAAGGAACACCUUCUGAAAAACGGAAUAUAUCCUAAGCCGAUGCCAAAGAACAAACGCAAACUCAGGAAAAUGGAACUGUUAAUGAACAGUGUUAAAAUUUAGUGCAGUUGUUCUUAUGGUGCUAGUUAUGGUGUCUUCAGCUGACAAUACUAAGUUAAGUCUUCAUACAAUUUAAGUCUGUGGGCUUUUGACUGUCUAAAGAAUGAGAGUUGCAUACUAAACUUGCCCAGAAGAAGAAAGUAAACCAAAUAGCUGUGAAGAGACAGACACACAGAAAAAUUACUGACUCAGUAAAAAGCAAGAUUUCAUACUAUGUUUAUUUUUAAAAAUGUGCCUCUAUUACAUUUUUUAAAAUCCAUAAUUUGAAAUGUGAUUAGUUGUUGAGUUGGGUUAGAAGUUCUUAUGGAAGGAAAUUGUUCUGCCUGAUUGGGACAGUAUUAUUUCCAUUAAUGAUUAUAGGAUAAUUAGGUAUAGACCUAUAAUAGAGGAUACCUACGUCAAUUUGCAAAAUUGUAUGUGAACUUUAUAGUUUGAAAAUAAUGAUAAGCAAGUAGUUUAGAUUGAACUUAUUUCAUAAAAUAGUAUAACAGAAUAAGGAAACUAUUCUUUAGGGACUAAACUUGAACUCAGUUAAUGUGAUUAGGUGUUCUAUUAAUUGCCAUAAUUUUUUUCUAUUAAGGUCUAAUUGACAUAUAACUUUGUUUUAGUUUCAGGUGUACAACAUAA